GAGGAGGAGACGGGAGGUGCUGAAGUUGUCCGGCGAAGCGCACCGCGAGUCCAAGCCUCUCCUUUGCGGCGCGUAAAAGAAAAAAUGUUGCUCUAAUCUGAAGCGUGACCGAGCAAAUCUCUGACAGGACUUCUCAUCUAAUCGCCAUCACAAAUCCCGUGGAACAUCCCUGACUGUCCGAUGCAUCCAUGAUUCUUGCCGGGAAAACAAGCGUCGUCCUCCUGCUGGUCCUCCUUACAGCGCAAGGCUGUUUUGCAUCCAAAGCAGAGGACCGUUUAUUUCGGAGGUUAUUCCGAAGGUACAACCAAUUCAUCCGACCAGUGGAAAAUGUGUCUGAUCCGGUCACUGUGGAGUUCGAGGUGUCCAUAUCUCAACUAGUCAAAGUGGAUGAAGUGAAUCAAAUAAUGGAAACCAAUCUGUGGUUGAGACAUGUGUGGAAUGAUUAUAAACUAAGAUGGACACCUGUUGAGUUUGAUGGAAUUGAGUUCAUUCGAGUUCCAUCCAACAAAAUUUGGAGGCCUGACAUUGUUUUAUAUAACAAUGCUGUGGGGGAUUUUCUGGUAGAGGACAAAACCAAAGCCCUGCUGAAAUUUGAUGGCACCAUCACUUGGGUUCCACCGGCUAUCUUUAAAUCCUCCUGCCCAAUGGACAUCACUUACUUCCCUUUUGACUAUCAGAACUGCUCCAUGAAAUUUGGCUCAUGGACCUACGACAAGGCCAAGAUCGACUUGGUGCUCAUUGGCUCAAAGGUGAAUCUUAAGGAUUUCUGGGAAAGUGGAGAAUGGGAAAUCAUUGACGCACCUGGUUACAAGCAUGACAUCAAGUAUAACUGCUGUGAGGAGAUUUACCCAGACAUCACCUACUCUUUCUACAUUCGCCGCCUGCCGCUCUUCUACACCAUCAACCUCAUCAUCCCGUGCCUCCUCAUCUCCUUCCUCACCGUACUGGUCUUCUACCUUCCGUCCGACUGUGGUGAGAAGGUCACCCUAUGUAUCUCCGUCCUGCUCUCUCUCACCGUGUUCCUGCUUGUCAUCACGGAGACCAUUCCUUCCACAUCACUGGUCAUCCCGCUGAUCGGAGAGUACCUCCUCUUCACAAUGAUUUUUGUUACACUCAGCAUUGUCAUCACCGUGUUUGUGUUGAACGUCCACUACCGCACCCCAAUGACUCACACGAUGCCCGAGUGGGUAAGGUCCGUGUUCCUCGGCGUGCUGCCCAGGGUCAUGCUGAUGAGGCGGCCGAUCGACCAAGGCGGGUCGUCGACUGCCAGCGUCACAGCGGGGACGGGAGGCGGAGGGACCAGCGGUGGGAACAAAAAGAGAAAGAACAGUGUAGGAAGUAGUGGAAGUGUGAGUGUUGGAGGUAUCACAGGGGGGGUGGCGUGCCCGCCGCUGGAUGGUGGGGCAGGUGGUGGAGGGGCCUCCUCAUUGGGCAGCUCUAUGAACUGUAUCGAAUAUGGAGAGAUGAACCGUGACAUUAAGCGGGAUAUGAACAGAAGAUGUCCCUACAGAGGAAAGGAGGUCCCAACCCCAGUUCCUCCGCCAAAGGUUGCCCCAUCAUCUCAGGGUCCCCAGAGCCAGAGACCCCCGGAGUCAGAGAUGCCCAAACUGCCAAGGACCUUGAACUCCCCCUCCCAAGUGAAUGCUGUCGUGGCGUUCUCCGUCAUUUCGCCUGAGGUCAAGCAGGCCAUUGAGAGCGUCAAGUACAUCGCUGAGAACAUGAGGACCCGCAACAAAGCCAAAGAGGUGGAAGAUGACUGGAAAUACGUCGCAAUGGUCAUCGACCGGAUCUUCCUCUGGGUGUUUGUGAUGGUGUGUGUACUGGGAACACUAGGCCUCUUCCUUCAGCCGCUCAUCAGCUUUUUUAAAUAAAAGACACUUGCUCGUCACCACUGUGGCAAAAAGCUCUCCUGCAGCACUUUCACAUCACACAUUUUUGCUCUGUGGUCUUCUUCCCCUCUCCCGACUUUCCACGGGAGUAGUCCGUCGUCACCUCUCGCUGUCAGUUGCACGUCGCCACACUUGACUUACCCAGAAUUCCUCAAUCACCCUGUGCCUCACCCAAGUGAUGUGCACGCAGGCCAUCUAGGGCAUUAUUCCCACGAACAGCUGCGGCCCUUUUUGAUGAUCUUGCCCUCAUAUCCCACAAAUGUCACCUUCUGCAUUUUCUUUCAAAACGUCCUCCCAGCUAUUGUUAUGUUACACUGUUAUCAUAAUGCCCAUAACUGAAAAGAAUGCAAGUGCCAUUUUGUUGUUUUAACCCUAAAAGGCGUUAAUCCUUAAAGGUUGAAAAAGAGAAUAUCAUCAGAAUUUCUCAAAUUGGAUAUAUUGUGUGAGUAUCUUGGCUAACAACAGUAGUGCUUUCUUUAUGGAAUUAUUGUUCAAAUCAAGCACAGCAAUUUCUUUCAAAGCGUAUUUGUCAUUUUGUCAAAUUUUCACAAAAAAAUGUUGAAGUGAUAAUACUAAAAAACAGUGCCCACUAAAUAAACUUGGAAAAGAACCAACACAGUCAUCUGUAAGAGUUUGCUGUUUAACUUAUAGAAUACCACAAUAGAUGACAGAAUGAUGUCCUAGGAUAAAGCUUUUAUUAUAGAAAGAUUUUAUUUAGAAAUUGACAGCAUGAGCCGUCACAUUGCACAGGACUUCUUUUUGAAAGAUGGAUUAUGUAAAGCAUUGUCUUUUGUUUAUUUUCAUGACACCUUAUGUAUCCUUGUAGAAACGUUUAUGGAAUACAAAUAAGAAAUGCAUAGCCUGUGUACAGGAGACAAGGCUUUUACAUUGGUCUGCCUUAUCGUCACAAUGGGUAGAGUUAACAUCACAGUGGAACUUACAAAUGAGCAAGCAACCCAUGUUUAGCAACACUUUGAUUUACAUUAUGGUAAUUAAACUUAAAAAAUAAAACACCACUGUCAGUGUGUCUGAGUUCUAUGUAAGAAACGGGUAAAUGGAAAAAAGGAAAGAGAAUAGUCAUAUCAAGAAUCUCUCCUCGCAAACACAUUAUCAAGACCAUUAAAAUUUUCAAGCAUCAUGUAGCAUUAGCUACAGAGAGUAGGUAAUGAGAGAAAAUGACACCAAGCUGCACCCAAGUUAAAGUGUAUGAAGUAGGUCUUGCUUUGCUGUUAGCUAAACUUUAAAUUUGUAUUAUGUUUAAUUCAUGAGCCUAUUGGUCAUGGCCAGAUUAGAAUAAUGCAUAUAUAUCUUAUACUUAUAGGUUUUAGAAGUUUAAUCAAUUACCACAUGUAAGCCAGUCCAAAUGAAAAAAGUUGUUUCAUAAAAAUUCAAAUGAUAUUUGUUUUACAUGAUUGAAAAAAAAUUCCAAUGUGGUGCUUUGAGUGAAGCAUAACGUUUGGUUGACUUCUAUACAUUUGUUUCAUGGUCAACAAACAUUUUGACUACACCACUGUAGAUUUGAACACAAGUAAUCAGCGG